UUAUUUUUUUACUCGGUCACAUUAUCAAUUGUACUUGGGAAGUGAAAAUUCGGCAACGCGGAGAUAUACAGGCAAAUAAUUGGGGCUUCGAUUCUUUUAAAUACUACACCCAAAUCCCCAAUAGGGGACUUAGCAGCAUUCCCUCCAUCCCCUUUCUCUCCUCCGCCGUUCUCCUCCGCACUAAUUUUCAAAAACAGUAACAGGAAAUCUCGACGACAAUCUAGGGUUUUCAGGAUCAAUUUUUCACUCCUCACUGUAUGAACUUUCCGAUUUUGAUUCACCCAGAUGAGUAUUGAGCCAUUCAAUAGGUUGGUGAAACUUGCGGCAAGAGCUUUCUAUGAUGACAUUACGACUAAAGGCGAUAAUCAGCCUAAGUCUGGUAGAAGUGACAAUCGAGGAAUUGCAGUUGUGAUUCUAGAUGCACUCACAAGGCGGCAAUGGGUGAGGGAAGAAGAUUUGGCGAAGGACUUGAAGUUGCACACGAAGCAACUACGCCGUACCUUGCGGUUCUUUGAAGAAGAAAAACUCAUCACACGGGACCAUAGGAAAGAGGGAGCAAAGGGUGCAAAAGUGUACAAUGCUGCAGUUGCUGCUACUGUUGAUGGAAUGCAGAAUGGGAAAGAAGGAGAUGACAAAAUAAAGAUGCAUACUCAUUCUUAUUGCUGCCUGGACUAUGCACAGAUAUAUGAUGUCGUGAGGUACAGAUUGCACCGAAUGAAGAAAAAGUUAAGAGAUGAGCUGGAUAACAAAAACACAGUGCAGGAAUAUAUAUGUCCCAACUGUGGGAAAAGAUAUACUGCAUUGGAUGCAUUGCGGCUGAUCUCUCCGGAGGAUGAGUACUUCCAUUGCGAAAGUUGCAAUGGGGAACUAGUGGCAGAGAGCGACAAGCUAGCUUCUCAAGGCAAUGCAGACGGGGAUGACAAUGAUAGGAGACGGCGUCGUGAAAAGUUGGAAGACAUGCUUCAUAGGGUGGAGGCACAACUCAAACCAUUGAUGGAUCAACUUGCCAGAGUAAAAGAUUUACCUGCUCCCGAGUUUGGAAGCCUUCAAGCAUGGGAAGUGCAUGCCAACGCUGUUGCCCGAGGUGCACAUGGAGAUAAUGCAAACGACUCAAAGUCAGGACAAGGGCUUGGGUUUGGUGGAACACCUAUGCCGUUUGUCGGGGAGACAAAGGUUGAAGUUGCUUUCUCUGGUCUUGAAGAAAAAGGAGAUAUCAAAUCUGAGGUUUCAGCUACACCAAUGAAAGUUUUGCCUCCAUGGAUGAUAAAGGAGGGAAUGAAUCUUACAAUGGAGCAGCGUGGAGAGGUCAAGCAAGAGUCAAAUAUGGAGGGUACUUCUGCUGCAGCAGGAUCAUCUGACGACAAGAAGUCCAUAGAAACUGAGGAUGUGAAAAAUAUACAGGAUGAAUAUGUUAAGGCAUAUUACGAGGCUAUAUUCAAGCGGCAAAGAGAGCAAGAAGAAGCUGCCAAAAUGUUACCGGGAACAUCAACAACAGAUGGAGUUUCUAACACCUCAUCUGAGCGCCAAAUUGGCAUGAAAUCCAAACGCGAAGAGGAGGAUGAAGGAGAGGAUAUCGAAUGGGAGGAGGCCCCUGCCCCAUCUGCAGGUAGUAAUACAACUGGAGCUCUCAAGGUAGACUUGAAUGUUCAAGCAAAUGCUUCAGAAGACGAGAACGACGAAGAAGAUGACAUAGACUGGGAAGAAGGUUGACGGUCAUAUUAAUUUUUUAGCCGCAAAAAAAAAUAAAAAAUAUGCAGACUCAGGGUAGUUCAAUGAAGAGAGGAUCAUUGUCAUCCGGACAUGGGGAUCGUUUGGUUAAAAGAAACUAUGUAGGAAUUGUAAUACAAGGACUAAAAACACAUUAUUUUUAUCGUGCGUUUUCUUUUUGCACUUGAAAUGGGAUAUGCAGGGUAAAAUUUAAAAUCUGGGUUUAUUUUUUAAACUUAAUUGAAUUUAAAGUGUGUUGAUGAUGGAUUUGAGGAAAAGAUGGAAGGGAUGUUUUUGUCUUUCGGUGUUUUAA